AUGGAUUCAUUCAAAGUCAAGCAGAAUUACACUAUCUUCACCAAAGGAGAAGGAGACUCCUUCAUUGCUUUACUAGUGUACGUGGAUGACAUAAUCAUCACUAGACCAACACUUUCUCAUCUUCAACACCUUCAACAGUCCCUUCAUGCCCAAUUCAAGCUCAAGGCUCUCGGCCAGCUCAAAUAUUUUUUGGGAUUCGAAAUAGCUAGAUCCUCCUCUGGUCUAUUUCUUUCUCAAAGAAAAUACACCUUGCAAUUACUUGAAGACACGUGGUAUUUAGGGUGCAAACCUGUGGCUACCCCAAUGGACCCUCGCAACAAGCUCAAUACCAACUUUGGAGAACCUCUUCCUCAUCCUUCUCAGUAUAGAUGCCUCAUUGGAAGACUACUCUACCUUACUUUGUCUCGUCCUGACAUCACCUUCUCUGUCCAUUGCCUCAGUUAG